UCAGGCAUCACACAGAUUAACCUGAGCCAGCGCGGGCAGGAAGUGCGCCGGCGAAAUUGAAGAGGGGGAAGGGCGGAAGGGGACCAGGUGGCAGGUAAGGCGGGCCGGCGCGAAAACAGGCAGCCAUCGCUCCUCCCUCUACGACGGUGGGAAUCCGUCCCCUGGUCCGGUGAUCGACUGUGGAUCGAGGAGGGGUGGUGGUGUGAGCUGUGAGAGAGAGGGGUAGGGAACAAGGAGGGGAGGGGAAAAGAUGGAGGGAUGCACCUGCGCUAGCGCUCAAGGCGCCGCCAUCGCCGCGGCAGCUCCGCGUGCUGCGUGCCGACCGGUUGGCGCGAGCCGCUCGGCGGUCGCCGCACACUCUUCCUCCUCUUCCUCUUCCUCUCACGGCGGCGUGCAUUUCAUCGGUCUUCGUCGACUCGGCGGCCAUGCCCUCUCCUCCGAGUUGAGCACUGUUCAAGCCGACCCCUUUUCCGAUCUGCGCCAUUCAAUCUGCCAUGGGGGGGAGAGCGCGCAGGGCGCUCGGGGCAUCGUGACGGCCAUGGCGGGAACUGGAAAG